CGUUGUUGUGGAAAGUCGGAAAGUCACGUUGAGGUUAUGUUUUUGUUUAUAUUGAGAAAGAUUUUAAUUUUGCAAAAAUGACAAAGAAUUAUCAAAAAUGUUUCAUUACUGUCGGAACAACAAGAUUUGACUUGCUUGUUAAAACUAUUUUCUUACCUUCCAGCAUUGAAGUUCUGAAAAAACUGGGCUGCAAAGAGAUUACGUUUCAAAUUGGUAACAGUGAUUUUGAGACUGGGGAUUACGAGAGGAACGGUGUUAAAUUGCAUGUUUACAGGUUCAAAGAUUCCUUAGAAGAGGAUAUACGAAGCUGUGAUUUGAUUAUAAGCCACGCUGGAGCGGGAAGUUGUUUGGAAGCGCUUGAAGCUAGAAAACCUUUGCUAGUUGUAAUAAAUGAGGAUUUAAUGGACAAUCACCAGUUGGAGUUGGCAGAACAACUGCAGGUGGACGGACACCUUUAUUAUUGCACUUGCGACACAUUUGAAAACACUCUUGACAUGGUCGACUUUAGUUUGUUAAUCCCGUUGCCAAAACCUGACCCCUCUUUGUUUGUUAAAUAUUUAGAUGAUGUACUGAAAGUCAAACCCAAAUCGAUUUGACAUUAUCAAAACAGUGAUAUGUUUGCAAAUAUAAAAUUGUAAAUUUCAAUUGAAGCCUAACCUUAUUAACUUAAGCCAAGCCAAGGUGCUUAGUGGCACUUAAAUCUGAGCAUAUCUGAGGAAGAGGAAUCUGGUCCCUUAAUUUUACAAUACAAUUUGGUAAUCCCAUUUAACUCAACAAUAAAAUACUCCCUGACCUUGAUGAUGUUUUGCAAAAAUAAAGGGAUACAUUGGGAGGACUAAACUAGCUAGUGGAAGUAAAACUUAACACAAAUUCUAAUUGUGAUACAGAAUGUAAAUUUUUAAAAUACCUAUUUGUUUGUUUUAUGAAAAAUUUUAUAAUAAAACACUCAUU